AUGCCGCUAGCUCGAAACAGUUGUUUCCGCCAUCUGUUCUCCACACAGGCGUCCCGUCUCCUCUUGCUCUUGACCUCUGCCUCCUCGAAGCAGCUUCCGCAUACCGGAAACGUAUCCAGGAUACAACGCCGUGAGUGCAACGCCAACGCUCCAAGACCACGCACCAGCGCGCUAAUCGCGCCAUACCAGGAGAUGAAUACGCUCGAGACAUGCCCACACGACCUCCUCUACCUCAUCUUCCAGGACGCUUGCCAUGACACCGGCGUCACCGCCCGCUCCCUCGCCCUCACCUCGCGCCGAAUGUCGGCCAUCUCAAGCACUUUUCGCUACCGCAACCUUGCCAUCAUUGGAAUCACCCGCAUCAAGCGCGCGUAUGAGUCGCUCCUGUCGGUGCCCGAAGACUUACGACGUGUACAUCAUCUGUACCUUGCCGACAUCCCCUCUGAGUACCUACACGUCGAGCCCGUUUCCCCCAAUAUGCGGCUACGCGGGUGCACUGGCACGGAGAAGGCGAAACGAUUCCAGUUGGCCGUCGACAAACUCCUUGCACUCGUGGCGCCGACCCUGCGUACUCUUACCUGUGUGACACGGAACCCCUGGCAGCGCUUCAUUCUAGCGCACAUGGGCACCACGACCUUUCCCUGCCUCGAGAGCCUCAGUCUGUCGCAGACGACCCGCAUGCCCUUCCAUUCUGAUGCCUUCCUCCCGCCCAGCCCUCUUCGCAUGCCCAAGCUCCGACGGCUACACCUUGCCUACACCGGCGCAGGAUACAUCGACUUCCGCGUCGGUGGCAUUGUGCGCCUGUUCGCGGACCACUGCCCGAACUUAACCCAGUUACGCCUCUCCGACAUCGACUUCUAUCUGGGCGGGAAGGCGGAGCUCUUCAGGAUGCUUCACGAAAUGCGCAUACCCACCACUGAGAUCUUCCCUCUUGAAGGCUCUCCUAUCAGUCGACAGCUGGCCAUUGGCGGUCGUAUGCUGCAGUAUCCGUCGCACAUUCAGCGUGUCAUCGUUCAGCUACAGAAGCGUGGGAGAUACGGUGCUGGCGACCUGGAAGCCGAGGAUAUGAAGGUCCUGCGCUCUAUGCAGUGCCUCGAUCGUGACGAAUUCAUGCUUGACAAUCCCCGUAUCAGCCGGACGUACGAUGAGUGGGUGGACGAAUGGCUGGAAGUCUCCGACGGUAACUUCGAUGCUUGGGAGGACCCGGAGCGACACAGUAGACUAACCUCUGUAUCACGCCGCAGCCAGUCCUGUGCUUAG